UUUAAUGGCAUUUUUUUCAACUUAUUUCCACAGCUCCGGAAGCCACUAUGUUAAGUUGUUGCUAUGGUAACGUUAGUAAAGGGCGCAGAGAGAGAGACUGGCUAACGCACAAACAUAAUACCACUUUAACUGACAGUUUCUACAAUGGCGUCGAAAACCAUCGACCCUUUAUCAGUUGAGGAGCCUUCAGGAGUUGUUGAAGAUGAGGAGGAGACGGAGGAAGAGGAGCCAGCGGCAGCAGGAGAGUGGAGCCGGGAGACUCAGGUUCCUGGGAAGGUGUUACGGGCUCACAGUGACGUCGUGACGGCCGCGCGACUCUGCUUCAACGACCGCUGCAUCCUCAGCUGCUCCGCGGACCGCACCGCCAUCCUCUGGGACGUGGAGACCUGCAGACCUCUGAGGGUGUUUGACGGAGUUCACAGUAAAACCAUCACAGAGUGCUCUCUGAUCCCAAACACCAACAGGAUGGUGACAGUCUCCUGGGAUAAGAAGAUGGUGUCUACAGACCUGGAGACAGGACAGACUCUGUGGAGGAGGCGUCAGGCCGGUCUGCUGACCUCCUGCAGCUCGUCUCCAGACGGCCGGCUGCUCGUCUGUUCUUCAGAUCCCCAGAACGGUGUUUACAUCAGCGACGCAGCCAGCGGACACACACUGCACCACGUCACCGAUCAUCACCGCUCCACCAUCACACGCUGUCGCUUCGACCCCCAGAGCCAGCGCGUGGCCUCGGUGUCUGCAGACCGCAGCAUCAAACUGUGGGACCUGCUGGCUCACAAAACCACCGUCAACAUAGACAGUAACCACAGCAACGUGGUCUCUGACUGCUGCUUCACCACCAGCGGGUACUUCCUGUGCACGGCGUCGUGGGAUAAGAGUUUAAAGCUGUGGGACCUGCAGGCCGGAGGGUUCAGGUCUCAGGGCGGGACGCCGCUGCAGAGAGGCCACCAAGGCAGCGUGAGUUCCUGCAGCUUCUCUGCUGACGCCAGCCUGCUGGUGUCUGGCUCUUAUGACAGGACUGUUGCACUCUGGGAUAUGUCGUCCCUCUGCCAGACUCUCAUCCUGAGGGGCCACAGUGAUUGGGUGACAGAUGUGUCAAUCAGUGCUGACAGGAAGUUGGUGGUCUCUGCCUCCAAGGACAGGACGCUGAGGUUAUGGAACAUGGAGAACAUGGAGGAAAUCCCACAAGUCCUGGAGAAGAGGAGGACACAAGGAACAGGAAUCCACAUCCUCAAGGGCCACAGUGAUUGGGUGACAGAUGUGUCAAUCAGUGCUGACAGGAAGUUGGUGGUCUCUGCCUCCAAGGACAGGACGCUGAGGUUAUGGAACAUGGAGAACAUGGAGGAAAUCCCACAAGUCCUGGAGAAGAGGAGGACACAAGGAACAGGAAUCCACAUCCUCAAGUGUGAGGAGUGUAGAAAGGCCUUCCCAGUGUCCAGGCUGCAGACCUCUGAGCUGCUGACUCGCUGCGUCUUCUUUCGACUCAAAUCGCCCUCCAGGUACCGACCACAGCCGCCACCGCUCAUGUGA